AUGGCGGACUCGGUGGAUGUGGCGGCGGCGGCGGCGCCGGCGGCCAACAGCGACGGGGAGGACGGGCCCGUGCGGGGCUUCGCGCGACAGGGAGCCCUCCGCCAGAAGAACGUGCACGAGGUGAAGGACCACAAAUUCAUCGCGCGCUUCUUCAAGCAGCCCACGUUCUGCAGCCACUGCACGGACUUCAUCUGGGGGUUUGGCAAGCAGGGAUUCCAGUGUCAGGUGUGUUGUUUCGUGGUCCACAAGCGCUGCCAUGAGUUUGUCACCUUCUCCUGUCCCGGAGCUGAUAAAGGACCUGACUCAGAUGACCCGAGGGCGAAGCACAAGUUUAAGAUCCACACCUACUCCAGCCCGACCUUCUGUGACCACUGUGGCUCUCUGCUCUACGGCCUCUUACAUCAGGGCAUGAGAUGUGACCAUUGCAUGAUGAACAUCCACAAGCGCUGUGUUGCCAAUGUGCCGAGCCUGUGUGGGACAGACCACACUGAGAGGAGAGGUCGCAUCCAGAUCACCGCUGAGGUCAAGACUAAUGUACUCACUGUUACCAUCCAAGAGGCGAGGAAUCUGGUUCCCAUGGACCCCAACGGUCUCUCGGACCCCUACGUGAAGCUCAAACUGAUUCCAGACCCCCGCAGCGAGAGCAAACAGAAGACCAAGACCAUCAAGUGCUGCCUGAACCCCACCUGGAAUGAGACCUUUAAAUUCCACCUGAAGGAGUACGAUAAGGACCGCCGUCUGUCGGUGGAGAUAUGGGACUGGGACCUGACCAGUCGCAACGACUUCAUGGGAUCGCUGUCCUUCGGCAUCUCGGAGCUCCAGAAGCUAGGAGUGGAUGGAUGGUUCAAGCUGCUCUCCCAGGAAGAGGGCGAGUACUUCAACGUCCCCGUGCCUCCGGAGGGGGAGGAGGGCAACGAGGAGCUCCGCCAGAAAUUCGAGAGAGCUAAGAUUGGUCCAGGCAAGAGCAUCGAGGGCAAGGCGGCCAAUGCUGCGGCACGCUUCGACACCAAUGGAAACCAGGACCGCAUGAAGCUGAAUGACUUCACCUUUCUGAUGGUGCUGGGAAAGGGCAGCUUCGGCAAGGUGAUGCUGGCGGAACGUAAGGGGACGGAGGAGCUGUACGCUGUGAAGAUCCUGAAGAAGGAUGUGGUGAUCCAGGACGAUGAUGUGGAGUGCACCAUGGUGGAGAAGAGAGUGUUAGCGCUGGCUUCAAAACCCCCGUUCUUAACACAGCUGCACUCCACCUUCCAGACUAUGGACCGUUUGUAUUUUGUCAUGGAGUACAUCAACGGUGGAGAUCUCAUGUAUCAGAUUCAGCAGGUUGGCAAGUUCAAAGAGCCACAUGCUGUAUUCUAUGCUGCGGAAAUAGGCAUCGGUCUGUUCUUCCUUCAUCUAAAGGGAAUCAUCUACAGAGAUCUGAAGCUGGACAAUGUGAUGCUGGACUGCGAGGGCCACAUUAAGAUCGCUGACUUUGGCAUGUGUAAAGAGAACAUGAACGAUGGAGUCACCACCAAGACCUUCUGUGGAACCCCCGACUAUAUAGCUCCCGAGAUCAUAGCCUACCAACCUUAUGGUAAAUCUGUGGACUGGUGGGCCUUUGGUGUGUUGCUGUAUGAGAUGCUCGCUGGGCAGCCUCCAUUUGACGGCGAGGAUGAGGAUGAGUUAUUUCAGUCAAUCAUGGAGCAUCAUGUCUUCUAUCCAAAGUCGAUGUCCAAGGAGGCUGUCGCUAUCUGUAAAGGGCUGAUGACGAAGCAUCCAGCCAAGCGGCUCGGCUGCGGCCCGGAGGGCGAGCGCGACAUCAGGGAGCACAGCUUCUUCCGCUACAUGGACUGGGAGAAGCUGGAGAACAAGGAGGUGCAGCCGCCAUUCAAACCCCGAGCCUGCGGACGGGAAGCUGAGAACUUUGACCGUUUUUUCACGCGCCACCCGCCCGUGCUGACCCCUCCCGACGCGGAAGUGAUUCAGAACCUGGACCAGGAAGAGUUCCAGGGAUUCUCCUUUAUCAACACGGUGUUCCCAUCAGCUGCUGCCACCCCCGCUGCUGCUGAGAAGGCUUGAUUUCAGCUCACGCACAGACACAUGGACACACUCACACAAACACACAAAACCAUUCCUGUACUUUGGAAUACACACAUACACGCUCACAUAUAUACUUACAUAAUAUAUAUUAGAAAUUGUUUUUGUUGUCACAAUCACCAAGAGGCCAAGACCUGACCGCACACACACACACCUACACACACACACUUUGUUCACACUGUUGCAACCUGGUUCUACUUGUGUCAGUUUUCAGUGAAAAGUUACAUCACUGAAUGUUUUUGUAGGCUAUGAAACUAAAUGUAGGAUGUUGGCUUCUUGUGAAAAUUAUAUCUCAAGAACAUCCUGAGGGAAUUUGGUACAAAUGUUCAUUUGGAUGAAGUGGUUCGAUUUUUGUGGUCAAAGGUCACGUGACCUCAUAGGUGUACUGUACUGAUUGGCGGAGGCAUAAAACCUCAGGCUGGUGAUUCUCAUGUCCUGCUUCCAUCGGAUCAAAAAUUUACUCUGAGCUGGUUUAAUCUGCUCUGAACUUUCUGAAAGCAUUUUGCUUCUGAGUUGCUUUUACUGCUAAAACCCAGUGUGUGUAAAAUUGUUACAUGAAACCACAAAAAAACAUCUUGAGGUAAAUGAACAGACUCAAGUUUUCAGCCGGUUGUGUUAACGGUGUGAACAAAGUGUUUGUGUGUAUUUCACCGAACUGAACUGAAAUCAGUGUUAGGAGAUUAAUGGCGACCAUAUAGAGAGUUCAUUAAAUGUCAAAUUUACCGUGAGGGACCAAGAUGUGUGGAUAAUAAAAGCAGCAUUGUAAAAAUGCAUAAUUAAAAAGAAUAAAUUGACCAAAAUAAAGUAGGAAGGAACUUGAUUUAAACAAGUCACGAUUCCUCCAGCAAACACAAAUACUCAACUGCAUAAUUUUACAUGUAAUAUAGUUUCAUCUUUAACUUCUUUUUUUUCAUUCCUGGGCUCUUCCAAUGCGUUUUGAGUUAGGCCUGUUACUCUGCUCCGCUUUUUAUUCAAUGUAUAACAACAAUAAUUGUGUCUCUUUAUCCUUAACUUAGCUAAAGCUGGAAUGCUUGACAUACUGUGCAUGAGUUUCUAUAUUAGUAAGAUAUAGUAACAGCCAAAGACUUUGUCUCCCAACCACAUUUUAGCAUCAUCUCUCUGCACCUCGCUGAUCUUCUUCGUUGUUUUUGAAAUAAGUAUUAAAAGAAAACAUUGGGAUAAACAAGGUGAGGUCAGAGUUGUGCGACGAAGGACAAAUAUUAACACAAAUAUCA